UUUAGAUAAACUUAAAUUAACUUUUUUUAAUUUAAUUUGUGUUUAUUGUUAAGGUGAAUAGUUUAAUUUAAAAUUAAGGAAACGAUUUCAACACCACACAUUUAUAAAAAAAUUUAAUUCGUGUGCUUUACAUUUACAUAUGAUAAGAAAACACAUUUUUUAAAAUAAUUAAAGCAGGUGUUUACUAACAUGAUAACGUGUUCAAAGUUCAAUACUAGUAACCAUAAGAAUGUCUCUAGUAGGAAAACUUGCUUUUGUAACAGGUGGAGGUCAGGGCAUUGGUCGAGCGACAUGUAGAAUAUUGUCCAGAGAAGGGGCUUCGGUAGUUGUGGGUGACAAAGUUCCGAGCACUGUAGAAGAAACUUUGAAAACAAUCAACAAAGAACAGAAAGGCGAACACUUGGGCGUUGAAUUGGACGUAGGCAAGGCCCAAAGCAUUAACAAUGCCUUAAAAAAAGUCGUAGAAAAGUACUCGAAACCUCCCACAGUAAUAGUCAACUGCGCUGGAAUUACUAGAGAUAAUUUCAUAUUGAAAUUAUCCGAGGAAGAUUUCGAUGAAGUACUUAACAUAAAUUUAAAGGGUACUUUCCUUGUAAUGAAAACAUUUACAAAUGCAAUGGUUGAACACGGCCUAACAAAUGGCUCGAUAGUUAACAUUUCCAGUAUAGUUGGUAAAUAUGGGAACAUAGGACAAAGUAACUAUUCAGCUAGCAAAGCUGGUGUUGAGUUAUUAACGAAAACAGCCUCCAAGGAGUUUGGGAAAAUGGGUAUAAGAGUAAACACAAUUUUUCCCGGCAUGAUAAAAACUAGAAUGAUCGAAACAGUACCUGAUAAGGUUAAAGCGCAAUUUAAAAGCAUGAUUCCAUUGGGUAGAUUUGGAGAACCCGAAGAAAUUGCCGAAGUAAUAGCAUUCUUAGCUUCAGACAAAAGUUCUUUCAUAACUGGGGCUUCUAUUAAUGUAACAGGAGGAUUUUGAAUUACAUUGGUAAUACAAAUAAACGAUUAAUAA